CCCCCGCCCCCUUCUCUUUCUCUCAAGCUCGAAACUUUGGUUUCUUUCUCAGCUGUUCACCGGCGACGUCCUCGCCGGGAUCUGGUUGGGAAAUCUCCCCGGGAAAACAAGAACCCCUUUUGAGCUUUCCCUUUUAGCAUUCUCUCAUAAGCUAAAGAAACACACUUUUUUGGUCAUUUUAAAAGACCCUUUUUUUUUAUAAGAGCUAGUGGAGAUUUAGUUGAAACUGAAUCAUAUCAAUUCCGGGUUUUGCUUAUUUUGAUAAUGUAUGUGGAGAGUUUAUAAUGUUUCCGCCAAAAAAGUGGUUUUUUUAAUCUGGGUCUGUUUUGGUUUUGGUGAGCUUGGUGGAGCUGUUGUUGUUUCUCGGUGACGAAAAGUUUAGGUGUUUCUAUGAAGCUGAGGCUUUGAUUUUUUAAAUGCAAAAGUUUUGGUCAUCAAGGGAAGUUUAGAGUUUCAAGGAGCUGGUGAUUAAGUUAAUUAAAGUUUUCAGGAAUCACCUUAUCUUGUGUGGGAAAUAACCUCUUUUUUUUUUUUUGCCUUGUUUUGUACUGGGAGGAUAAACCAAGUUUCAGAGUUUUUGCAUUAUAUUAAUUAAAGCUUGAACUUUUGGAUCAAGUGAGGAACUUUUACUAAAUUGUUUUUUGUGGAGUUGAGAUUGAGGUGAAAGGAGGGGAAUGGUAAGUUACAAUGUGUAGGGUAGACGAGACAAGUGGAAAGUGUGAUUACAGGAAACAGUGGGAAAUCAAAAUGAAGAUUUUUGGAGAAGGGAAAGUGGAGAAGUUGAAGAAUUCAAUGGUUUCAAGGUCUAGAAUGAAGCUAUGGAUGAUCAGGGCGAUGACCACAAUAUUGUUAUGGACUUGUUUUGCUCAGUUGAUGACACUGGGGGAGAUGUUUGGUCCAAGAUUGUUGAAAGGUUGGCCUUCUUGUUUCAGCCAUACUGAGUUGCCUUUGGUUGCUGAAUUGUCUUCUAUUCCACCAAAAGUCAUUCUUCCACCAAAAAGGGUAUAUAAGAAUAAUGGUUAUCUAAUGGUUUCCUGCAAUGGAGGACUUAACCAAAUGCGAGCAGCGAUAUGUGACAUGGUUGCCAUUGCCAGAUAUUUGAAUGUCACUCUCAUUGUCCCUGAACUAGAUAAAACCUCAUUCUGGAAUGAUCCUAGUGAGUUUCAGGACAUUUUUGAUGUUGAUUACUUCAUCACUUCCUUGAGAGAUGAGGUUCGCAUAUUGAAGGAAUUACCACCUCGAGUUCAGCAAAGAGUUGAUCAAGGACUGUUCCUCUCUAUGCAACCCAUUAGUUGGUCUGAUAUUUCUUAUUAUGUUCAUCAGAUUCUUCCUUUAGUGCAAAAGCACAAAGUUGUGGAGUUGAAUAAAACUGAUGCUCGGCUUGCUAAUAAUGAACUACCGCCUGAGAUUCAGAAGUUGCGUUGCCGUGUAAAUUUUAAUGCACUGAGAUUUACUUCCCAAAUAGAGGAAUUGGGUAGAAGGGUUGUCAAGAUUUUAAGGGAAAAAGGCCCUUUUCUUGUCCUUCAUCUCAGAUAUGAAAUGGACAUGUUGGCUUUUUCCGGAUGCACUCAUGGUUGCAACAGUGAGGAAGAGGAAGAACUUACAAGAAUGAGGUAUGCUUAUCCCUGGUGGAAGGAAAAGGUUAUAAAUUCAGAAAUGAAAAGGAAAGAAGGUUUGUGCCCUUUGACACCUGAAGAAACUGCUCUAGUUUUAAAAGCAUUGGGUAUUGAUCGGAAUGUUCAAAUCUACAUUGCUGCCGGAGAAAUUUAUGGUGGUGAAAGAAGAAUGGCGCCUAUGGCAGAAGCUUUUCCUAAUUUGGUCAGAAAGGAGACUCUGCUAAGACCAUCAGACUUGAAAUUCUUCCAAAACCACUCAUCCCAAAUGGCUGCAUUGGAUUAUCUAGUCUCUUUAGAAAGUGAUAUUUUUGUUCCUACAUAUGAUGGAAACAUGGCCAAAGUCGUUGAAGGCCAUCGGAGAUUCUUGGGAUUCAAGAAAACUAUCUUGCUAGAGAGAAAGCUUUUGGUCAAUUUAAUAGAUCAAUACCAGAAUGGAUCAUUAAGCUGGGAUGAGUUCGCAUCAACCGUGAAGGAAGUUCAUGCUGAUAGAAUGGGAAGCCCUAAGAAAAGGAAUGUCCUUCCAGAUAGACCGAAAGAAGAAGAUUACUUUUAUUCUAAUCCACACGAAUGUCUACAACUGUUAGAUGAACCUUUGAGAAGUACAUGAUCCAAAUCAUGCCGGUUAGAUGAUUAUCUUCAAUCACACUCUGUACUUAAUACAUAUUUAUCAGACAUCGGUCUACUUGUGCACACAUAACUAGCUUUUGGGGACCAAUUCAGGCCUUGAGCCCGGAUUUCUUCAGAACCACCCCUAGAAUAUUUAUAAUCAUUUACAUUCUUGAAUAAUAACAUUCAUGUAUAGAGUGAAAAAAAAAAAAUUACCCUUUGCAAUUUGCAGGCCUAAGAUCAGUUUGCAGCA